UUAGUAUUUAAUAGUAAAUAACCAAAUAUUUGUAAAAAUAAUUAGUAUUUUUAUUGAAUAUAAAUAAAUUACUUAUUAUAAUAAUGACCCGACAAUUGCGCGCACUAUUUAUCUCUGUGGACGGCACCGGACAUAUCAAUGCCUGUAUAGGUGUAGCGCAAACAUUGAUGGCCAAUGGCUAUAGUGUGGCAUUUAUUAUGAAUGAUCUCUGGAGAGGACACUUCACAAAGUAUGGCAUCGAAGAGAUACUGUUUCCAAAUAGUGAACUCAAAGUUGACGGCUUAUUGGUUGAGGAUUUUGCAAAACGUUUGGUCGACGAUGGAGUUAACUGUCCGACGACUGCAUUGGAUAAUUGUAUUAAUCUUAACCGAAACACUUUACCCGAUUUUAUUGACCGGACCGUACAGUUAGAUAGAGUGUUGGACACAUUAUUGCCGACUAUACAAAAGGAUAUCAUAUUAAUUGAUUAUCCGUUUUGUUUGGCAUCGGUUGUCAAUUCGGGCACUCCAUGGGUUGGUAUUUGUAGUUGUAAUCCAUUGUAUUAUUUAGAAGACAAUAGGACACCACCGGCUAAUUCAGGAUUGCCAGCCGUUGGACACGAAAAUGAGUGGAAAGAGUUUCGUUCAAUUAUACAUAAAGUAAAAACUGAAGUUUGGAAACCGUUUAAAGAAUAUUUAGAAACUAAAAACAUUUAUGAUUUUAAUGAGAUUAUUCCCUAUCAUUCAAAAUACCUAAAUAUUUAUGGCUUUCCCGAGGAAUUGGAUUAUACAGAUCUGAGACCAAUGCCCGACAAUUGGCAUCAAUUUGAUAAUUUUAUGAGAAGUGACAAACAUUUAACAUUUGAAAUACCGGACAAAUUAAAGGAAAAACCCGGAAAAUUAGUUUACUUUUCGUUGGGAUCAAUGGGUGCGGCAAAUGUCGAUAAUAUGAAUCGACUUUUAGCUAUAUUAAGUAAAUCAAACAAUCGGUUUAUUAUAUCAAUGGGUCCACAAUAUGAAAGCAUCAAAUUGUAUGAUAAUAUGUGGGGACAAUCAAGUGUACCACAACUACAAGUGCUACCGUUAGUUGAUUUGGUUAUAACUCAUGGCGGAAACAACUCUACAACUGAAACAUUUUGUUUUGGAAAACCAAUGAUAGUUAUGCCACUGUUUGGCGAUCAGUGGGAUAAUGCACAGAGAGUUGAGGAAAAAAGGUUUGGCCUUAGAUUGGAUGCAUACAAGUGUACGGAAAAGGAGUUAUUGUCAGCAAUCGAUACACUAUUGAAUGACAACAAAUUGACGGAUAAAUUGAAACAAAUAUCACAACGAAUACAACAAGAAAAUAGUUUAUCAAAAUUGCCACAAAUUAUUGAAAAAUUUAUAAAAUAAUAAUCAUUUAAAUAACAUAAUUUACAGUUUUA